UUUUUCUACACUCUAAAUCACAUCACUUCAUCACACACAUACACACACACACACACUCCAGCUCUCGCUCACUGGAACACACAGGACUAAAAGAAGAUGCCUGAAUCAGACUCCAGAGGUGUAUUUAGGUGGCCAGUAUGGACCAGAUGUGUAGCUGCUACUCUUUUUCUUCUUCUGAUUUGUGGGCACGGUGAGGCUGAGGGACGCCGGGCUCCCAAGAUCCCCCGCUGCCCACCUACCUGCUCCUGCACCAAGGACAGCGCCUUUUGUGUGGACACCAAAGCAAUUCCCAAGAGCUUCCCGCCCGGUAUCAUCUCACUGACGAUGGUGAAUGCAGGCUUUACUGAGAUUCCAGAAGGAAGUUUCUCUCAGCUGCACUUGCUGCAGUUCCUUCUUUUAAACUCCAACACUUUCUCUGUGAUUGCUGAUGAUGCAUUCGCUGGCCUCGCUCAUCUGCAGUAUCUGUUUAUUGAAAAUAAUGACAUCAAGUCGCUGUCCAAACACACUUUCCGAGGCCUGAAAUCACUGACUCAUCUAUCCCUGUCCAACAACAAGCUACAGGUUUUACCAAGAGAACUGUUUAAACACCUGGACAUCCUCACUGACCUAGACCUGAGAGGAAACGCUUUCCGCUGUGACUGUAAGAUUAAAUGGUUGGUGGACUGGAUGGAUAAGACCAACACUUCCGUUCCUGCCAUUUACUGCGCCAGUCCGUUUGAGUUCCAGGGCAGACGCAUACAGGACUUAACCCCUCGAGACUUUAACUGCAUUAGUGCAGAUUUUGCAGUGUAUGAGUCUUACCCAUUCCAGUCUUUGUCUGUGGAGUCGUACGAUUAUAACGAUGACCUGUAUGCGGUGUUUGCUCAGCCCAACACGGGGAUCUGCACUAUUUUCAUCUGGGAUCAUGUAAACAUGCUUUUCAGGAAUCAUUAUAACAUCACAUCUCGCUCUGCACUGUAUUGUAAGCCUGUGGUGAUCAACAACACACUCUACAUGGUCGUAGCCCAACUCUUUGGAGGAUCUCAUAUAUAUAAGUGGGAAGAAGGACCUUUGCGGUUUGUCAAAAUCCAGGACAUCGACGCUAGCCGUGUGCGCAAGCCUAACUUUAUCGAGACCUUUGAGAUCGACGGUGAAUGGUAUUUUGCUGUAGUGGACAGCUCAAAGGCUGGAUCCACCAGCAUUUACCACUGGAACAGUAAUGGCUUCUACUCGCAUCAAUCGCUUCACCCAUGGCACCGUGACACACACGUCCACUUCCUAGAGGUGGAUGGAAAGGCUCGACUGAUUCUUUCAAGUGCCUCGCAGUCUCCAGCGGUCUACCAGUGGAACCGUGGGACGCGCCAGUUUACUUACUACAACGAGAUCCCCCAUGCGAGUGAUGUGCACAUGGUAGAGCAUUUCUGGGCACGCCAGUCCCUUUACCUCUGCCUGACCCGCUUCAUUGGUGACUCUAGAAUCCUGCGCUGGGAGAGCCAGAGAUUUGUGGAGAUCCAGACACUUCCAUCACGUGGCUCUAUGGCCUUGUAUCCUUUUAGUGUAGGGGUAAGACAGUACUUGGCAAUGGGCAGUGACUACUCCUUUUCUCGAAUCUAUCUGUGGGACGAACUUACACAGCGCUUCCAGCCUUUCCAAGAACUCAACAUCUUGGCACCACGUGGCUUUAAGCUGGUCUCUGUUGACAACAAAAACAUCCUGCUUGUUGCUAGUUAUAAAGGAAAGAGCACAGCCUAUCAACAUCUAUUGGUGGACCUCAGUGCCAAGUAGGCUUGUGAUUUUGGACCUUUACAUCCAGGGAGGCUGAGUAAGGUUAAUGGGUUGGCUAUCUGUUAAAGAACAGCCUGUUUUGAUGUGAUACAGACCUUUUUUUAGUUAUAUUUCUUAAGAUUACAUGCAUGGUUGACAUUCUAUAACAGACUUGGCUAUGUAUUUUGAUUGAUAUAGAAGUUAGUAAAUGAGUAAGAAUGCAUGCAUGAUGUUUCUUGUUUUUAAAAUAACUCAAGGUCUAUAAAGUUGUUUUCCUGUCAGAAGAUUUAAACUUAAGUGCAGUGAUGAGACAUGAUCAUGGUAAACCCAUUUGAACAGGAAAUAAACUCUCUAAAGGUCUGUCUCUCUAUGUAUAAAUUACCCUGUUCAAAAUAAAACAAACUUUUUAUAGUAGUCAUCGGCCAUCUGCUGAAUUACAGUCGACUGCCAUGUCCAGAAAAUAGAUGUGAAUGUUUAUAAAUGUAUUAAGAAAUUAAAAAAAAAAAAUGUCAUCCCUGCACUUUUGUCAUAUUUGACCUUUUUUGCAGCUUUUCUGUGUUGUUCCAAUGCAAACAAAAGAAAUAAACAUGUAAAUACCAAGGCAUUUGUAACUGCAAACAUUUUUGGGAAGAAGUGAUGCAUUUUUUCAAAGGAGUACAGAUGAGCCAAUAUUUUUGGCCAUGACUGUACUAUUCAUAAAACUUAAACAUUCACCAUGUUGUAAAUUGUAUAUAGACAGUUACUCAGGUUAACUUUUUCAGUUAGAUCCUGUAAAUGCUUUUUUUUAUUUGACAACCUCUCUUAUCUAGACUUAAUACCUAUGUUUAUAAUAUACUAUAUACAGGAUUAAUAAUUAUAUGUUCAACUUUUGUACUCUGUACAAUGCCUAUUUUUGCGCACCUUCUUUUGCUAGCCCAUUAUAAGAACCAAGCUUUACAUAAGAUAAACUCUUCAAUAAUACCUAUUUUCUUAAAUGACAUGCAGGUUAUUAUCAAUUUCCAGUCAGAUCACAGUCUCAUCCCACAAACAAGUGUAAAACAUUUUGCUCCAAACUUGUGGAAUUCAAGUACAUUAUGACUAAUAUGAACAAUCAUACAUAUUUAUCAUCAGUGUUGGAAUGGAAUUUAUACAGCUUUCUCAUUAUCUGUUUUCCUUGUACAAAUAUAAGUUUAAUGUAUGAAUCUUAAGUGUGUGAAAUUGUCCUAAUUUUUUUUUUAUGUGCUUAAACAAAUCUGACAAGAACACUCUGUUUGUACCAUUUUUUUUACUCUACAAUACCUUACCUGUCGCAGCUGAAAUAAUAAU